AGGCCGCCGCGCCCCUCGCACUGGGUCUCCGCGGCUCUCGGCCAGGCCCCGCGCGGCCCCGCGCGGAUGGAGGCGGCAGCGGGACGCCUGCGGGCUGACGCUGCCUGCCGCUGACCAGCCUGGGAUUUAUGGAGAGGGCCUCGGGGGGCAGCUCUCAAUACCGCCGCGCCCAGCAUCGCCGCCGCACCUGCUGCUGACGGGGCCCCUGCGCCUCUGGCCCCCACCAUUGCCCUCCCCGGCCCAUGGGUGCCGCCGCCCGGCCCGGGGCCGGCUCUGCCUCCUGAGCCCCCUGCCCCACUCCAGGACUCGCUGUACCCCGAUGGGGUAACGUGACAAAGGCCCCGCUCAGAGCCGCCCAUCUGCCCACCACGGCCACCGCCGCCUGUGACCCCACCACCCCAAGGCUGCCCUGUUGGUUCAGUUCAAGUUUGUUUUUCUUUUGGUCCUUGGCAAUUUGGGGCCUGCCUUUGAGUGAAGGCGGCUGUUUCCCCGUCCUCCGAUGCAGAGACGGCGUCCCUGGCGACAGGCUCAGCGCUGGACACGGCCACGGCGGCCGGAUUCACUUCGGGCUUUUUAAGUUUUCUUUGCUGGGUUGUCGUUGUUUUUCCCUUUUGCCCCCUUAUAAUUGUCUGGCUCUGAGAGGCGGGAGCUUGGACUGGUCUUACUUUUGGGGGGCGAUUUUGUUUCUUUUGUUUUUUAAAGCCUUGGGUUUUCCUUUUUAAUUACCCGCAUUCCGGGCGGCAUCCUCCCCCCUCCAAGUAUUUGCACAAUAUUUGUGCGGGGUUUUGGGGGGCAGGUUUUUAAAAAAGCAUUUCCUCUCUCUUGGACAAGCACAGGGAUCUUGUUCUCCUUGGGUUUUGGGGGGCUAGUGAGGCCUCUCCUCCGUGUCCCCGGCCCUGCCCACAGCCCCUUCCUGGGCACCGCCCGGCUUCGGGAGGAGCCAUGGCGCGGAUGAACCGGCCCGCCCCUGUGGAGGUGAGCUACAAGCACAUGCGUUUCCUCAUCACUCACAACCCCACCAACGCCACCCUCAGCACCUUCAUCCAGGACCUGAAGAGGUACGGGGCCACCACUGUGGUGCGUGUGUGCGAAGUGACCUACGACAAGGCCCCGCUGGAGAGGGAUGGCAUCACCGUCGUGGACUGGCCGUUUGACGAUGGGGCACCCCCGCCUGGCAAGGUGGUGGAGGACUGGCUGAGCUUGCUGAAGACCAAGUUCUGUGAUGACCCUGGCAGCUGCGUGGCCGUGCACUGUGUGGCCGGCCUGGGACGGGCUCCGGUCCUCGUGGCGCUGGCCCUCAUCGAGAGCGGGAUGAAGUAUGAGGAUGCCAUCCAGUUCAUCCGACAGAAGCGGCGAGGAGCCAUCAACAGCAAACAGCUCACCUACCUGGAAAAGUACCGGCCGAAGCAGAGGCUGCGGUUCAAGGACCCACACGCGCACAAGACCCGGUGCUGCGUCAUGUAGCUCAGGACCCGGAUGCCUCGCCCUGGGGGCUCAGCAGCGCUCCCGAGCCUCCAGCUCGCCUUCUCUCCCGCCACCUCGGCACACCCGCCAUUGACGGGUCCUGCUCGCCCCCGUUCCGUGCCAUCUCCUUCUGUCUGUUCCCCCGUGUCUGUGCGUGCACAUGUGUGCACGUCUGCAUCUGUCCUGGUCCACCCUUCCCUUUGUCCUCAUGCCCUGCGUCUCCGUCUCUGUGCUGUGCCCUCGCUCCGUCUCUCUCUCUGAGGCUGAACGUCCCCCUCCCCGCCGCACCCCUUGCUCUCCUGCCGUGGCCUCCCUGCACUGCCCCUGGGCAGCUCUCCACUCUGGCCCGUUUGUUUGGGGGCAAGUGUAUUUUUUAACCACUGGGCCUCGCCUUUCCUCUGCAGCCCCUCCCCCUGACCUGUUCGUGGCACCUUAAAUUAUUGAGUCUGGGGCGGUCAGAUGUUCUGGACACUCGAAGGCAAUAAAACCGGACCCUGUG